CACAUCUUGGGAGUCACGACGCAGGGUUGCGGGGUGGGAGGUUGUAAAAUCUCGCGCGUAAAACACCCCUCCCCUUGACGCGAGUGCGCAAUCGGUGCCUCACUUUGGCUGCUUGUUGAUCAACAAACUCGCGCGCGCGCUCUCCAGCAGCACCGAAUCGUCCCUGCGUCUUCUUUCCCAAAAAAUUCGCUUCAUUCAACCGCAUAUAUCCCGCACACCACCACCACCACCCUCUCAAUCAAAGAUUUAAACGCGUCGCGCGCAUCACAACGAUGGCGACCGAUUCGGCGCGAGAGAACGGCGUCGAGAACGCCGCGUUCGCCAAGGAGGAGGAGGUGGAGGAGGAGGAUCAGGGGGGAGAGAAGGAGCGGGCGGGCAAGGCGUCCCCGGCAUCAUCCUCGAGGUCUUCGGCGAGCUUGGGCAAGAGGAGCAUCGUCGACGGAGGCAGCGCGGGGUCACCGUGCGACGGCACCGACGCGCACAAGUCGGCGGCGGUCGGGGCGGUUGCUGCGGGGUCGUCGUCGUAUCCCGGCGACGACGAUGGCAACUCGACGUCCGGGGGACACGAGGAGGGGAAGUUCGACAAUCUGAACACGAUGGAGAUGGGCGACGAGGUUCCGCGCAAGAAAGGCCCCUACGCGGGCAUGCCCAAGGAGGUGCUGCUGCAGUACUCGAACAAGAAGCGCUACCGCGUCACCCGGGAGGUCAUCUUCUGGCUCAUCGUGGUAGCCACGGUGGUGCUCGUGGCGGCCACCGUGGCGGUGAUCGCGCUGUCUCCGCGCUGUCUCGACUGGUGGCAGGCGAGCCCCGUCUACCAGAUCUACCCGCGAUCCUUCCGCGACGCCGACGGGGACGGGGUUGGUGACCUCAAAGGCAUCAAGGAGAAGCUGGAACACCUCAAGUAUCUGAACAUCAAAGCCGUGCUGAUCAGCUCCUUCUACGCGUCUCCUCAAGUCGAGCAGGGGCAGGACGUGAGCGAUUUUUUGGGUGUGGAUCCUCUGCUGGGCAGCAUGAAUGACAUAGAUGAGCUGAUUACUGCCAUUCAUGACCAAGAAAUGAAGCUGAUCUUGGACUACAUCCCCAACCAUACAAGUGACCAGCACGGCUGGUUCAACAAGAGCAGGAACAGGGAGGGCACGUACGCCGACUACUACAUAUGGAGAAACUGCACCAAAGGCACUCCCCCAAACAACUGGGUGAGUGUGUUUGGCGGACCGGCGUGGACGUUUGACGACGUGAGAAACCAAUGCUACUUCCACCAAUUUUUGCCGCAAGAGCCAGACCUCAACCUUCGUAACGCUGAUGUGCAGAAAGAUCUGGAGGAAGUCUUAAGGUUCUGGCUGAAGAAAGGCGUUGAUGGCUUCAUUGUGGAUAACGUGAAGUGGUUGCUGGAGGCUGAUCACCUAAGAAAUGAGGUUCAAGUCAACUUGACCCAGGACCCGGGCACCAUCCAGCACUAUGAAGAGCUGCACCACGACUUCACGACCACGCAGCCCGGCCUGCACGACAUGGUGCGCAACUGGCGUGCGAUCCUCGACGAGUACAGCAACGAGCCGGGGAAGUACAGGUUCCUGGCCACAAAGUCCUUCGACGAGGGAGAGGUUGAGAAGACGCUGAGCUACUAUGGUUCAAAUCUGCAGGACGAGGCGGACUUCCCUUUGAACUUCCAGCUCGUGAGCCUCCCGCACAGCGCGUCCAGCAGCAGGGCACGCAACCUGAUCGAGACAUGGAUGAAAGGCAUGAUCCCAAGCAAGUGGCCCAACUGGAUGGUAGGAAACCAGGACAUAGGCCGUAUCGCGUCACGUUUGGAACCAAAGUACGCGCGGGCCUUCACCAUGCUGCUGCUGACUCUGCCGGGCACGCCCGUCACCUACUACGGCGAGGAGAUCGGAAUGACCAACGUCGUCGUGAACGACAUACAAGACCCCUAUGGCAAAAAAUACCCGGCGAGGAACCGGGAUCCCCAGCGCUCGCCGAUGCACUGGGACAACUCCACAAGCGCGGGGUUCAGCAACAGCUCGACCACGUGGCUGCCCGUGAACACGAACUUCACCAGCAAUGUGCAGGUGCAGAAGAGCGACGAGGCCUCCAUGCUGAGGCUGUACCAGACGCUGAGCCAGAUGCGCUCCUCCGAGCUGCCCCUGCACCGCGGCUGGGCCUGCUUCCUGUCGAGCGCCGCGGCGGACGUGCUGACAUUCUCGCGCGAGAUGGACGGCGUGCGGACAACCUACGUCGUGGCCAUCAACCUGGGCGCCACGGACCGGACGGUGGACCUGCAGCAGAUGCUCACUGGGCGGCCCAAGGAGGGCUACGUGAGCGUCAGCACCGACGCGGCGCGGCCCAGGGAGAAGGUGAGCCUGGCCGAAGUGCGCGUGAAGUCGGGCGAGGGGCUGCUGCUUUGGUACGACACGGAGACGCCCGUGCACCUGGACGAGGAGAAGAAAGGCAGUUGCUACAUCUCGCAGCGCGCGUGCUACCUGCAGCCUCUUGACAUCCUCUACAAGUGCUGAGCCCCACAGAGCAGCGGCGCUUCGAAUAUCUUUCGAUUUUAGCGUAGUCGAUGGUGGCGGUCGUAAAUAGCCAGCGAUGUAUCCGUUAAAAACAAACAAAUUCACUGCGUGUGCCUUCGUAGAUUCACUAAUGGGUGGGGGCCUCACCAAAAAGUGUCGGUAACGUCAUGGGGGUUUUGUUUGAUGACACUUCACCACGAUGGUCUGUGUGGAUUGGUGAAGUGGCACCGCUGAUAGUAGCCGUGACUGGGAAUCAAACUCAGGUCGCCAGAUUCACACUGCAGUAUGAUAACUCCUGCGAAAACUGCUUCUGCGACCUACACAUUGCAUGUUGAAAAAUUGCACCCGGCUGUGGUUUUGGUAAAAAUGUAAAGACCGGCUGAGGUUUGGUGCAGAGAGGUUCUCAAAUAGUAAUCCUAAUAUAUCUAUCAUAGCUCAUCUCACAUUUACUAUGCACAUGAGGUUUAGCAAUCAUCAGAUGUCUAUGCCGUGCUUUGUUGAAUUUUAUAUUUAUCUGCAGGACAUGAGUAAACAGUGAAAUAUGAACUGUGUUGAUGUUUGCCAUGGGGGCACUUGAAUUUGAGAACCUCUGACAUACAGCGUGAUAAUAAGAAUGCUGAAUAGAAGGUAACAUUGGAUCCCAUCUCUCAACAUUAAAUCUCUAACAACCUUGCAAUAUUCACGCUAUCACUCAUUCUGUGUUGUAGUCCGUCUCUAUGAAUUAAUGCAGAUUUUUCAACCGCGGAACGUGCCAUGUAAGUGGGGCAUUCGCCAUUCGGAGUCAUUGGGUGCACACACGAGUCCUCAUCUCUGCUGGUGGUAAAUCAUGAUCUGUUCGCAGGCCAACUACUGGUGGUGUCUUCCCAUGAAGUGGUACAAUUGUUUUUGUCACUGGAGGAAUGAUUUAUUGGCUGAGUCUUCCCCAAUUGGGAUAGAAAAUUCAGGUUUUGGACCACUGCCACAGCAUCUCUGGGCGCUGUCAGUCACUUUGAAACGAAUUCUCAUUCUUAGUUGUUCGGAUUAUUGUUAAAAAAGGCUAGAGAGACUCAUACAAAUAUUCUGGUAGAUAAUUCUCAUUGACGCCUUGGACAAACACUGAUAACUUGUGAAAGGUUGAUAAUUUAUCUUUUCUUUUCUCCUGUGAUAAACAGGAUGAAAUCUGUCAAUUUAUUUUCUAAUUAACAAAUGGGUUUUAAUUCCCCACUUAUGCAUAUUCACAUUAACUUCUCUGCUGCUUCAAUGUUUUUUUUUGGUUUAUUUCCUAAUUGCAAAUUAACAAAGCCAAUUAAAAGUUUGAUGGGGGGGGGGGGGGGAAUCGCUGCCUUCAAGUUUUCUGUACAAGUUUACGACGUUGUGAUUAAUGCCAUCGAUUCACUCGUGCCCAUCAUUAAGAGCAGAUGUUUGGCAAUCAAGCAGUGCCGUGUGUAGCAGUGUUCGCUGUGCAUCUGUGCAGUGCACUUGUGUGUUGAUUACUGAUUAUAAAUAAACAAUUCGUGGAGCCU